CAGAACAAGAUGUUCUCUUGCUGUGUUCCCAUUUCUCGAGGCCGUGGCCCGAGAAACCCGCGUGAUGAGGGGUUGUGGCAGCGAUUCCAACGUUGGUUCUCGCCUCACCCCCACCACACCCAGCCUUGUAGCACACGGCAACCACAGAGCUCCAAGCACAACAGAGGUCAGAAGUUGCUGAACAAGGUCCUGUACUCCAUCUCCCGCAUGGAGAGACAGGAGGCCAACAGAGGCCGCUGUUGGCCCAGGGUGAAAAAGCCAUCUAAACUGAUCGAGUAUGAUGCCCACGUUGGGUGGAGGGCCCAGGAAGACACGUUGCAGAAGCUGGUGGACCGCCUGGUGCCUGCCUUCCUUGGCUUUGAGCCCUUAUAUGUUCCCACCUUCCUGAGAACCUACAGAGCUUUUGCCACCACUGGGCAGGUGCUGAACGCACUGUUAGGAAGGUUCCCAUGGUUCUCUCCUACUGCUGAAGGUGUACUCCAGGACGCAGUCAAACAGUGAGUGGGUGUGGUGGAAGUGGAGGGACCCAGUUUUUAACAACAUUGUGCUGGAAGUGUGGGGACUGUGCGUUGCAUGCAACUAGAAGGAGCCUUGGAUCUGAACCUCCUGUGAUGUUCUUGCAGAGAUGAGGUCUGUGUGGUGCCCUGUACAAAUGAACCAACCAGAGAGCUGGGACUGGGCCACAGGCACUGUGGGGCAGAGAGGGGUAGUGGGAGGACAAGAUAAAGCCCUGAGGGAAUCCAGCACCACCACCUCUCAUCCAAACCUGCUUUCACCAUCAGUCCAAACUGGGACCCAGAGUCGGAGUGGGGGCAUCCUGCUCACAAAUAUGGCUGCAGUCCCACAGUGAGGCAUGAUGGGUGCUCAGAGGUUGCAGCCAGUGCCCAGGGGUCAGGCACCUCAGGAGAUGAGCAGCACUGGGAAGAGCAGACCCAUUCACUGUGCUGUCAGCACUACCACUUGAGGAUAGUAGCACAGGCCUCAGAAGCCUGGGACAGAGGUUGCACUCCUUGCUUCCUCCUGCUUCAGUUACUUAGGUAGCACCUACUGAGUGCCAGAGAGUGAGUGAACCAAGCAGACAACAUCCCACUCCGUAUUUGUGGUGCUGGCAUUCUAGGGAGGACAAGACACAGACAAUAGUGUGCAACAGUGUGUUUCACUGUAAAGGGAUAUGUGGUGACACCAUGGUCAAGGGCUCCCUCUCAUAGGGCCAUUUGUCAGUCCCCCUUCAGGGACCAGGGCUCUAUCCUGCCUGUUUUCCAGUGGCAUGAGCUGGGUCAGAGCUAUGGGAGGCACUGAAGCCCCAUCUGUAUCUUGGGAAAAUGGUGCAGCCUGAAGGGCCAGGCCUCUCACUGGACUGCCCACCUGCCUCCCCCAGUGCUAUCUCGACCAUCCUGGCCACCUGGCUGGAGCAAUACCCGCAAGAUUUUGAUCAUCCCCCACAGUACACAAGUCUGCACGUGCUGCUGGACUAUGCACAGCUCAUCCUGCGUGACUCAGAGCUGGGGCACCGUGU